AGUGGUGAAAAUACUUGUGCGACUUCGCAACGGCUCGGAAGGUCGUCCGUUGAAAAACGUGCAAAACUCAUUAAAUUUGGCAAAUUGACCCACGAAUGAUACGUUCAAGUGCUGCUCGCAAUGGAACUGUUGGAUUCUGGUAGAUAUAGUGAGGGAUUUCAUGAGAUUUUCGUUCGAAAUCUCGCAAACAGGAAAAGCAAGGAUGAUAAAAUAAAGCGUAAGGAACGUAGUAAUAAAGUUACACUGGAUGGGGAAUCAUUAUCGUGGAUUGAGAUUGCACCCAAUGCAUCUAAAUUUGCUGUAUAUAAUGCAAUUCGGUCCAUCGUAUUGGAGGUGGAAACAAAAAAUUCCAGAAAUAAUGGUUCAGGAGGGGCGACUGGUAAACUGGCUAAAUCAUUUUGCUACCACCAGAGCUCAGGAAAUGAUAACGAACAAAACUGUCUCUCGUGCAAGGAGAAAUCAAAGGAUCCAGGUUCUACGAAGGAAAUCGAUGUUUCGGACUUUGAUUUCGAAGAAAAUUUUGAAGUAGAAGAACCGCAGACAUUCAACGUAUCUAAGAUCGUUGGAGCUGGAUUGGAAAGUCUAUUCGAGAUUAUAUCUGAAACCCGAAAUGAGCAUCCGAGGAUAUGCACGAAGGCGUUGAAAUCUCUUUAUGAUAUUAUUCAGGGCCAAGACCCGGAGAGUUUCCGCAACGAGCCGGACAAAUUGUUCAAUUCGCUGUAUGAUAUUCUGCUAGAACUAGCCACAAUGCACAGCCAAUCACCAGUUAAUGUGAGCUUGCACCAAAAGGAUACCAGCUGGUCCUCGAUUAGCUGUUCCACUCUGUUGGCUCUGUGCACCGCAAAAGGAGACACUGGAAAGCUGCUGAAGGCGGUCACAUCUAUUUUGAUGUCACCGAAGAUUCUUUCGGGUCAGCUGAUUCAGUUGCCGCAAAGUAUCAUCAAACUGCAACGUAGCGUGCAAUCUGUCGCACUUGGUAAAUGCAACAUUCCAGAUUACUACACAUACGGGAUCUCACAGAAUAGUUUAAUUGAUUAUUUUACCAUUAAGGAUUACAUGUUUGUAGAGAAGGUUUUUACCCCGAACUGUAUAGCUUCUGACGGCAAAUAUCUCUACAUCUUGAUAUCAAAGUCAUUGAUUAAAAUAGGAUCAGGUUUCAAUGGAACCGUUCCCGGGUUCAUUUAUGGCAUAGCGAAGGACUUCGGGAAGGACCGAAACGAAUGGAUUGGUUAUUGCAAUAAUAAACUAUUCUAUAAAAAGUUGUCGAAAAGAAAUAUGGACACUCUGUUGGUGGUAGACACAGAAACCCUGCAAAUAACAGGCUCGAUACAAACCCAGACAACCGUUUCGAUGAAGGACGGAAAUAAUUGUUUACUUUUCACCGAUGGUGAAUCCAUUUGUUGCAUUUGUACUUCAUCCGGGAGCGACAAUUUGUUGGUGAAACAACUGUAUUCGAGGAACUCUUUCGCAUUUGAUCUCAAUCUAAAGCUAGCGAAGGAUGGAUUCUAUACCCUGGGGUAUUCCACAUUCGAGGAGGAGAUACUGAGUGAAAAUCAGUUGAAGAAAAUUCAGACUACCAACAACAGCUUCAAUCCCAUGCUUCCGAAUGAAAUCAAUCUGAGUGGUAUAUCGUGUGGAAAAGAGUUCGGUCUCGUGCUGGGUAGCAACGGAAAAGUGUUCUACUAUGGCAAGGGAAAUAGUCUGGGACUAAAGGCGGGUGGAAAAAAUCCCAACUUGAAGCUCAAUGAAAUAGUGAUAUCGAAGGCAAGCAACUUUGUUCAGGUUGCUGUUGGACACGACGGUAUACAUGCGCUUCUGUUAAACGAGGAUGGAACCGUUUUCUUUGCCGGGACAACUCGACGAGGAGAAGAUGGAGAACAAUCUAAAAAUCGACGACAGCUGAAAGCUGUGAAGCCGAAAAAAGUUAGCAAAAUGGAUGGAUAUUUUGUUACAAAUAUAUCGUGCAAUAAUGGUACAUCGGCAUUCGUCACCAAGGACGGCAAGUUGAUAAUGUUUGGAAAGGACACAAACUAUUGCGAUUCGGCUGGAAUUGUUACCGGAUUGAAUGAUGUUCAGAUUGUAAAGGUAGCACUGGGCAAAGCACAUUGUGUGGCACUAGACAGUAAAGGUCAACUUUAUACCUUCGGACUGAACAACAAAGGACAAUGCGGGAGGAAAUUUAUAAAGGAUCGCAAUGAUGAUACAUUUGAUCCGAAACCUAAACAACCGACGUUCAAGCCCAUGUGUCCCAUCGAUGAACACAACAUUGUAGAUGGGAAAUGCAGGAUUUGCAACGUUUGUCGCGAAUGUACAGGGUACAAUACAGCAUGUGUUUCGACCAAGAAGACGUUUGUUAACGAACGGAUCCCCGGAACUCCCUGCUCUUGUGGUCAUGGAAGCGCGGGUUGUUCUAAAUGUGGCAGCUGUAGUGUCUGUGUUGCCUCACAGGAAAGUGGAACUCCACCGUUUGAAAACAAUACCGAUACGCAAUCAGUAGCGGAAAAGGCAAAGGAUGCAAUCAAUCGUAAAUACGACAGUCUCAGACUUGGCGAAGAGGGCAGUCAAUUUUCGGACACAGACACACCCCGGAUUGUCCCAGUUGCUCCGCAACGUGUUGAGUUACCCACGAAGAGCCCAAUCGUUCAGAUUAGCUGUGGACUCCAUCACACAGUCGUGCUCACGUUGGCAGGUGAAGUUUUUACCUUCGGUAGUAACCAAUACGGUCAACUAGGAUCAGGUGAUCUUCAACCCAUUUCUGGUGCUCAUUUGGUGAAAAUACCGUACAUGGUUAGCCAGGUGGCAGCUGGAAGCAAUCAUACAGUAAUUUUGACCACAAAAGGCAUUGUGUAUUCUUUUGGGAACUUCCAAAAAGGACAGCUGGGUAGACUGCCGGGAGAAACCAACUUAACAACAGGGUCGGAUUCAUAUGGAAAUUCGUCUGGUAAUCUAUCCACACGGUUCGACCAAUCCAGCGAUAAAAUGAGUGUCAAUGAUAUUCUUUUGCAACGACAAAAAUUCCUAUGGAAUUGUUCACCAGGAGCUGUUAAUGGAAUAGGUCCAUCCACGGGUAAGAAAGCAUCAUGGAUCGGUGCAAGCGGUGAUCAGACUUUUAUCAAGAUAGAUGAAUCAUUGGUAAACGCAUCAAUGCUUUCGAAAUUUAGUGUUGUGGCAGAUAAGAAUACCAUACUGUUAAUACCUAACAACCAAUAUCCACUGAAUUGUAUCGCUAUAAACCGACGCAAUGGGAACUGCAAAGCUCACAAUAGAAAUCAGUUUGACUUCAAAACGUUAAUGGAGAAAAUGGACGAAAAAGAAUACCUCAAUUGUAGAAAACGUGUCAGACCGGUGCAGCCACAACCACAUCCGCAUCACAGCGCCGAAGGAAUCCUAGAGAACCAAGAGAAUCAUUUUCUUUCGGAUUUAGAUCUUUGUUACGAUUCGAAGUACGCUAUAGACGUCAGCGGUAGACAGACUCACGUUAGCUUCGCUUUUGCAAUGGACCCUUGUUUCAACGUGUUGUGGGGAUUUGAUAGCGUUUCGAAAAGUAUGAUGUUCUUCAACGUUAUUGCUUCCGGUAUCUCACCAAACUCAGAGCAUGCUAAAGAUUUAGUUGCAAUUCUAACGCCGGAGAUUGCGCUUCCAUCCCAAGCAGACGCCGAAGUUACGCGUUAUCAAGCGUCUCUUAACAUUCUGGCAUCGCUAGAUAUUCUAACCACUAAUCAAAGAUAUCUUAAAAAGUGCUUCUUGCCGUCGGACGCUGGACACAAGAUGAACAUUGAUGGAAAAGACAACUGCGAGUAUAAUACGGUUUGCCGAUUCGACAGCUUCGGUGGCGGCUGGGGAUACUCGAGCUACAGUGUUGAAGCCAUUCGUUUCAUGUGUGACACAGAUGUCAUUGUUGCUGGUUUCGGGAUGUACGGCGGUCGAGGCGAGUAUACCUGCAAGCUGAAACUGUUCGACCUAGGAUACGAUGGUGGUAACAAUGAAAAAGAUGGAGUGCUAAUAUCAGAAGUGGAUGAUAUUCCGUUCGAAUGUCCUUCGAAGUGCAAGUACAAUAUAACGCUGCCCAGUCCUUUGACGAUCACCGCUGAACGAUGGUAUCUAGUGCAGGCGAAAAUCUCCGGACCAUCUUCGGAUUGUGGCUCUUCAGGACAAUCCACCAUCAGCACAUCGGAUAACGUUGUGUUCCACUUCAAGACUUCGAAAAAGGCAAACAAUGGCACGAAUGUGAGUUCCGGUCAAAUCCCGUCCAUUUUGUACAAGGUUAUAUCGCAAAGCAGCAAAGCUGUAUUUCCGUCCAUCACGAACGAGCCUGUUUGUAAACUAUCGAAGAAAUUCGCUAACACACUCACCAAAGAUUGCUUCGAAAGUUUGGUUAUGCAGCUGAACUGGGCGUGGAGUUCAUUCAAGGUUUCGACAACCGAUUUGUUGGAAACGCGAAAACCGAACCAGAACACAAUAUCGCUCAACCGAUUGGUUUAUAUUUGUAAAGCGUGUUUGAGGCUUCUGAGGAAAUAUAUCAACGAUAUCUAUCCCUACAAAGGAUUCGGAAACAGCGAAAAACAACCGAAUAAAGUCAAACCUAGUAAUGCUCGACCGGAUCCUAAAUCCGACAAAUCUCCCAAAGCUAAACCGUACGAUAACAAUGGUCUUGUAUCGUCAGCCGAUAGCAAAUCGGACAUGCUGAAGGUGAACGAAAUAAACAUCAUGGAAAUAAAUACUCCAAUGUCGAAUAAGAAAAACGCUACCGAAAGCAUUCAACUCGCGGAGUGCAUUGGAGACGUCCGGGCGUUGCUGACGCAGAUCCUUUGCGACGAGUUGCCUUACCAGUGUGGCAAUGACAUUUGCUCUAUGAUAUUGGAUGUGCUGGAUGAGUGCCACACAACGUUCGUGAGCUGUUUCAAUGCGUUCUAUCCAACUUCGUUUCUCAAAUGGAGCUGCAUUUGCAAUCUUCUGGCUCAAAUUGAUAAAGGAAUUCUCCAUUCGCGCUUACUUAGUGGGGUUCUGGCUGGAUUGUGUGAUCCCAAUAUAAAUCUGCGUUCAACGUUCUCUAUGUUAUCGCCGAAUGUGGAGUACAAGUCCCUCACGAGUCCUAGUGAUAACUUAGGAUUCCCUAUGUUACUCAGCACGGAAAACUAUCAGUAUCCGAUUCUGGUGGAACAGAUGUUGUACCGCACCCAGAAAGAGAAGACAAUAGGUUGUAAUACGUGGACAUUCAAGGAUGUGUUGAGUAGAUUACUCGACAUUAUUUCCAAGCCAAUAAGGUUGAAAAUUGAAAAUAUUUAUAAUAACCAAAGUGCAGAUAUCUAUAAUGGCGACGCGAUGAAACGUCGUUUAAAUAAUAACCUCAUAACAAAUUCCUGCCGCUUGCUGUCUAAAAUGUUGGCGGAGAUUAUCUACCAAAAUUGUACGAUUGAUACUGAAACAGCGAUUGUCCCUUCUAAUGUUCUUCAUUCGAGUGGCAAUCGGUUUGCCAAAGUGGAUGUCAGCAAAACGUGGAACACAGGCAAUUUUGGACCGGAUGCGAUUGCGUUCACCGUCGAUAGGCCGGGAAUUUCGAUAGCUGGAGCAUGUGUCUACUCUGGUUCCGGAAGUUACGAGUAUCAGUUGGAAUUGCUGUAUGAUAGCAUGGAAUCGAAAAGCCAACUACAACACAAAUGGGAAGUCAUCGAGUCUGUUGUCGGAGCGUACGACCAGAGCAUGGUUAAAAAUUUAAUGACGGAAAUCAAAUUCGAUCGAGCCAUAAGCAUCAAGGAGAAUGUUCGUUACGCAUUGCGCCUAUGCUCGCAGGGAGCACGAACGUGUUCCGGGGACGGUGGCUUCGCGGCUAUUCGCGGCCCUUGUGGCGUUACCUUCAAAUUCUACCCAUGCGAUUUGAGCUUCAAUGGCACAACCCCUGCCAGAGGGCAGAUUCCAUGUGUUUUGUACUAUAGCAUACCGUCAAUCAACGAGAGCCACUCGGGCAAAUACAGCAAAGAAUCUCACGCUCGUGAUAUUGCAUUGCAAAUAUCCACCGAUAUCACAUCAAGGUGCAAGGAUCUGCUAAUUCACGCCAGGAAUGCCGUCGCAUUCUCGUCUUCGUCGAGCGAUAAGAGUUCGAAUUCUUCCCACAAUACACAUACGGUAGAUUCCGAGCACAACAUAACGCCCAUAGAGGAGCAUCUGGAUAUCGCUUGGAUCAAUAACUCGGAUAUCGCGAACGUGAACAACGUUACGAGCAGCAGCUUCGAUCAUAAUUCUUCUACCGCGAAAGAUAUUACGAAACGCAUUGAAAGUUUUUCGAAGGGCAUAAUUGAAACGUUGAAGUUUGAUAAAAAGUCCAGGAACUCAAUUGAUUUCGAUAUUGAAAUUGAUAUUGGAGCCGAGGAAAUUACUCCUAAUGAUUACAUUGAUGAUAGAAAUAACAAGCUAGAUUCGAUUUCCAACGGGAAUACUUCAGGUUUGGGAAUGCAGAGCAAAGCGGAUAAUUUCUCGAUCAUGAACGAUGCUGGAAGUGACGUGGAUGAAUUCAACCAUCAGCUGAAUCAGGAACGAAUCAUUCAGUUAUUUUCGGCAGAGGACUCAUGUUUGUUCACGAUGCUGCUACCGCUAACUUUUGCUCAUAUCGGACCACUGGUUUGCAGCAACCUGAAAAGUUCCGUUGAGGUCCUGGGACUUAUUCGUGCCAUUCUUCCCCACGUGUCAGCCUUGAAUCAGAUAAACAAUUUUAAGUUGUACGAUUUGGUUAAACACGACAUGAGUGAAAAAUUGCGGAAAAGCACCAGCACUGAGCAGAACGAUUUGUGUACAACUAGUCAUUACUACUGCAUAGUGGAGAGUGAUCAUCCGUACAAAUCGAGCACGGUUGCCAACUAUCGUAUUGAGUUCCCGCCCAGUGUACGUUGGAUGACGAUUGAGUUCGACCCGCAGUGUGGCACGGUUCAACCCGAGGAUAUUGUUUUCCUGAAAAUUCCUCGCAAUCCGGAUGUCUACAAAAUGGAUCACGCGUUCGUUAACGAUAAUUGUACGCCCAAGCCCAACACCCGCAAGAGCAAAGAAGUUAAACUUGACAGCAAUGUGAAGCCUAUCAAUACAAUCAGAGAAGAGCAGUCGGAAAUUGAUUGGAUAAACGUCAAAAAGUUUAACACACCUCAAAACUGGUGUAAUAACUCGAUCGUCUUACCGGGCAACAAGCUGGAGAUAUCUCUCGAGACGGCCUCAAUGUACGUUCGGGAGCAGAAAGGAAACAAAUAUGGUUUCAAGGGUCUAAUCAUCGGAUACGACAACCGAAACUUGACCAAGUAUCCUAGCACCUCGUUGAUACAUCUGGAAUAUGAGUUGUCCUAUCUCGGGGGGCUAUGCAGUGCGAAUUUGCUGAAGAAAGAUCUCAUAUUUUCUGAUGAUGUUACCGAAAACAUUGCAAACACUGAGGAGACUUUGAAAAAGCACAUACCGCUGCUAUCGAAAGGAUUGAUGGUAUCCGAUUCUGUGUUGACUAUCAACAAUGCGCUGGAGUCAAAUUUGCCGAUCACUGAACAAAGCUACGAAAAGCAGUUCCUGAAAGACUUCAUCUAUGUUGCGGCAGGAUCUCCUGGGGCUAGGCUGGCCGCCUGGUUGCAGCCCGAAUCUCGCCUGGAUCCGAACAAGUGUGAAAUCAAAAUGUCCCAAGAACCACUACGUUGUGGUUGGCCAUCCCAUUUCAUCAUAGAGACACGCGAUCAGUACGGGGAUGAGAUUUUCGUUCCGGGUAUCAAGAUCGAAGUCAAAGCGUGCCUCGGUAGCAAUCUUAUUUCGGAAAGUAAUCGAAAACUGCACAUGAAAUCGCGAAACGACUCGCUUUAUUUGGGGGGAGCAGCCUUACCUCCCAAAAUCAGCUACGAGUGUACGUUCAAAGAGAAGGAAAAAAGUUGCCUCAAAGCUAUAACCGCAAUGAAACCUUACCAGCCAUAUUCGUUUGAAGAGUUGCGCUACUGCAAUACAAUACAGAACAAAACGACGGAGGUACUAACCGCGAACGAUCUAGGCAAUAACACUUAUGGUGUGUUUUGGACACCGAGUGUACCCGGGAACUACAGUCUUACCAUUACGAUAGAUGGCGUUAGUGUGGAAGAGAUUUAUCGUGUAGACGUGAUCGAUGCUGGAUUACCGCCUCUGUCGCAGGAGACAACAUUGAAAAAAGUACAACCGCCAACCAAGCUGAGGAAAUUUAUCGCGAAAAAUUCCGCUGGUCUACGCGUUAGACUACAUCCCACACUGCAAUCAGAUCAGAUCGGAAUCGUCAAGCUGAAUGGUAUUGUUUCUUAUAUCGAUGAGAUGGAAAAUGAUGACGGACUAUGGGUGCGAUUGUCUACGGAAUCCAUUCGAGAGCACUGUACAUCGAGCUGGUUCCCAACCGAAGCUUGGUGUCUACAGUACAAUCAACAUCUGGGCAAGACGCUUCUGCAUCCCAUUCUGGAAUCAAGCUCAACCAAAGCUUUGAUGGAACAGGUAGAUCAAAGCAGUCCUACAACUUCUGAUGCUAAUGAAGAAAAUGAGAACACUAUUGAUUAUUUUGAUUUUAUGAAGACGGAUCGUCCGACCGACGAGGCGUCAUCCACAAACGAUGAGGAACCGAGUGUGGAUAAAUUGUUACAAAUCACAGAUGCCACCGAUGACAUUCCUCUGAAUGCUUCCAAUAUCAAUAUCAGCAAUAUAAACCAAAGUAAUAUCGGGGCGGCAAUAGCUGGGGUCGUAGGUGGAGGCGCCAAGAAGAUGCAGGCGCUUCAGAAAUGGCUCAAAGGAGACAGCUUCGAUGAGAACGAUAUGCCGAAAAAGCGGCGAAGCGAAGGAGGGACGGAGUUGAGAAGUAAUGGUAAUCGAUCAUUCGAUCGGAGUAGAUCCGUUAGUCCGGAGAUUAUUUCAUUAAGAAGAUGCGAUUCUUCUAGCAGCACCAAGUCGGACACUUCAAAAAAUAACAUGCAAUCUAAGGGAGCGGAAAAGUCGGAUUCGAGUAUGGAUGACCGCAGAUCGGCAGAAAAUCUAGCCGUACCGGAGGAGAAUUUUUCCCCGGGCAUUCCGUUCAGCAAUAAGUCGCUUAAGAUCGAGUCGAACGAGCUCCCGAAGCGAGCCCUAUCUCCUUCGAUCGCCGAGACGCUACGAGCGGUAUUUUCCGCCUUCCUGUGGCACGAGGGUCUCGUUCACGAUGCAAUGGCUUGCGCAUCGUUUUUGAAAUUUCAUCCCAGCAUUUCGAAGAAGGAAAGCGAGAACAUGCCCGUGGGUAACCCCCAUGAGCAUUUGCUAACCAGAGAGCAGAAAGUACUGCAAAGGCAUUCGGUGGAAAUAUCCAACGCGGGGACGUAUUUGAACAUACGUCCCUCGACUUUGGAAACGUUGGCUAAAAUUGGAAACUGUUGCAUUCAUAAUAGGAAGCUGCGGAACCGAAAUGCGGAAAUUUUCUCUUCCAAGGAUGGGGAAUAUCCUCAGCCCAGUGCACUGCCGCCGGCACUGCGAUGUCUUGUUUACGUUUGGGAUCAACUUUGUUGUAAUUUCAUACAUCUGGUGGAGACGAACUCGAACGAUAAAGAAAAUGAUUUCAGUUCGUUGAAAUCGAAUAAAUCGUCAGAAGAAAAAUCGUCCAACAACACAAAAAAUCAAAGUCAGAAAAAAGUUGAAGAUGGUUGUUGGUGUGAGCUGUGCGAUGUGUUUUUGCCGAUUCCCGUUACGUAUCAUAUGAGGAUAGUUCAUCCGGGAUGUGGAAAAUAUGCCAAAGGGAAAGGCUACAACUCUAUUGGGGUGUAUUGUGAAGGAUGGGCCGGAAACUGUGGCGAUGGUGGUCAAGGAGUUUCCAGUUGGUAUUUGAUGUGUGAAAAAUGUAGACAGAAGUAUGUCAAUUCGGCGAAGGUUUCCAACAAUGUAAACUACAACUGUGCUAACCGAGCAGGUGCAAAAGAGGGUGGCACAAACAUUUUGAUGGGUUUUAGCGCAGAGUCCACCAUACCAUCUGAACUGUUUACUAUAAUGAAAGAAAAUUCAUUCUUUUUACUAGAACUGAAUUCUUAUAACGGAGGGUUGAUUAACAAAUCGAACACAACCGAAGGAGCUGGAAUACAGGAACAACCGAACAACAGUCGAUUCAGGAAUGCGGAUCUGAAUGAUUCAUAUAACUCGAGUUACUAUUUCGAAGAGAAGAACACAAAUUGGACAGGAACUGCAAGAGUCAAUUCGUACCGUCAUCUCUAUGAUACCAGCUCGGAACUAAUGUGGCCUCCGCCAGAACUGUUAUCAUGCAUUGAGGCUCUAGGGGCUAAAACAAACAAUGAUUUAACCUACAACCUUCUGGGAAUGAACAUGACCGAUAUGCACGCGUACGAUUUCAAGACAAUCGAAGAUAUAUCGAUGGAUGCGGAUUCCUACGUUAAAAACAUACAAACAUCACCGGCGGUGGCAUCCACUAGCAAAUUCCACCGAAGUUUCUCAAUGGGACAGGGUUGGAACACACCGCAGAAUAAACUGAUCAAUGAGUAUAACCCUCAGAAUAAGUUAGAAAAUGGCACGAAAAAUGAAGGCACAAGCAAUGUUGUGUUGAGACGCAAAAAGCAGUGUACAUGUACAAGUGGAGACUCAAAUCUUUUGAACUAUCCCUCGAUUAAUCUGCAGAACCUUGUACCGGAACAUUUGCUGAGUAAUAAUUUCUCUAAAGAAUCCACACCAAACAAUAGGAGCAAGAAUAAAAUGAAUAGCAAAAUAAAUGAUAAGAACAAUAUCCAAACUAACCCGAGGGCAGCGUUGAUGGCGAAUGGGAAACGCCCCGAGGAGAUAAACUUCUCCGAGUUUCUUGAAAUGUAUCACAACAAUGCACGCGAAAAUGGCGAAAAAGUGAAAAACGCGGACGAUAAAUCCGAUGGAAGUGGGUCGAUCACAUCCAAUUCGUAUAAGUUGGAUGUGCAGGCAGGUGCUCUGUCACUUCUGAACAGGCCCUCCAUGAUAUUUAUGUUGGAAAAGCAUGACUUGAAAAAAUUGCGCCAUCUCAUGACGAGGAAUCUGAGGAAGACCGUUUGUAACAUUUAUAGUUUGCAAGCAUUGAACUGGCUGCUGCGGUCCGUAACUCAGCCUAUUGGAUUGCAUGACAUCAUGUGGUGGUUCAUAUCAUCUCUAUCUUAUUCCACCCAUGACAAUGAAGACGAACCCAAGUUGGAUGAGGGUGUGCUAGGGUUGGAGCAUCCCGGAUCGAAUCAGUUUAAUGGUCCUUUGUCGCAAACACUAUCUCAGAGCUUACAUGCGCUGCUGCAAACCGUUGCCGAUCUGACGCUCCUACUUCCCUCGGGAUCAUCUUUGCAAAAAACUGCCGUCCAAUGCUUCGGACUCAAAUUCAAGCAGUCUGACCAUCAGUUCCUACAUCGAUCACACGUGUUUGGUAAUAUAUCGAAAAUAUUGUCAAAGUCGGAAGAACAGAACGAAGAAAAUUUGGUGCCAUCGAUUGCGAUGCUCAAUUCCUACUCGAACGCGCUUAUUGCCCACCCGGAAGAAUCGAUCAGAAUCGAUUUGUUGAACGACAUAACGGAGGUUUUCGAUCUUGUCGUUUCCUCCCGACCAGCGAUGGCAAACUCAUUGAUUGACAACUCGACUGAGACCUUCUGGGAGAGUGAUGAGGAGGAUCGUAAUAAACCAAAAGUGAUCGAGCUUACAAUGAAUCGCACUAACUAUCACUGCAAGAUUAUUUGCGUACACAUUGACAAUAGUCGGGACAUUGGGAGUAAAGUUUCCAGCAUACUUAUAUACGGAGGAAGUUCCUUUGGCGAAACGUCGCUCAUGAAGACGAUCGAAGUUGACCCGCUGGCAUGCAGAUGGAUAUCGGCUCCUAUUUCGGACGAUGAAUGUACCCAUUAUCGUUUGGAUUUCCGUGGACCGGAAGCUACACUCCGCGUGAGACAAAUCAAAUUGCUCGGCUACACUGCGGAAGAUAAGGCGGCUCAAUUCAAGCAUAAUCUCAAAGUUACGAGCGCCAGUCUAAUCCAGCAGAAGAACUGUGAAGCCGAGACUUUGAGAGUUUUUCGCUUGCUUACAGGACAGGUUUUCGGUAAGCUAAUCUUGGAAAGCGGCAACUAUGGUGGAGCCAACGCGUUGUCGUCAUCGAAGAUCAACGAGUCGGCAGUGGUUUCAUCCUCCACCGAGUCACUCGAUCUGCGGGAGCAUAUGGUGGGCAUUUUGUUCAGUCGGAGUAAACUGAGUCACCUCCAGAAGCAGAUAAUAGUGCACAUCGUACAUGCCAUCCAGAAAGAAGCGGUCCGUUCACGCGAGGAAUGGGAACACAAUGUAAUGUUUAGUGCCGAUAAUGAAACGGAUUUCGAGGAGAAUCUCAAACUUAACGAUACUUAUUGUUUCGAGAUGCUGAGUAUGGUACUUGCGCUGUCGGGAAGCGCUGUUGGGCGAUCCUAUUUGUCGCAUCAACAUGGGCUACUGAAGGAUUUAUUCUCGUUGCUACACACCGGCAGUGAUCGGGUCCAGCGGCAAGUGACUGCCUUGAUCAGACGCAUAUUACCCGAGAUUUCGCCGGAAAUCUUGUGUGAAUUGAUAGGAGUGGACAAAGUCCCAGAAACAGACUUCAAUCUACUCAGUCAAAAUAAUGAAACAUUCAAUAUGAACAAAUGCGGCAUUUUGGACAUCUUCCUGGCGGUUAUCGCUAAAGCAUUGCAGGUCCAGAUAAAAGUUAAAAAUAAUAGCAACAAAAGUCCACCCACAAUGAAACUCUGGCGAUAUAUGAAUAUAUGUAAGAUCGACGAUUACGAGAAAUCUACGCUCAACAAGCUUUCGAUGACAAACUCACAGUUUAGCAACGUUGAUUCCGAUCGCCAACAAAUGAACGCUAAGGAAAGUCCCAUAGCUGAACCUUACGACUUGGAGGCGUCAUCGUCGGAAUUUCUCGAUGACAAAACGAAUGACGAUAAUUCGGUGGACUUCGAUGCUUGUAGACCCAAAUCAUGCACUCGUGCAGACAUGACCAUCAAGCCCCGAUGGUAUCUUAAUGGUACGAUUUCCUCGAAACAAGCGGAGAAUAUUAUGGUGUUGAUCCGUGAUAUGGCUCACGGCAAACUAUCGGAAAAAUGGUCUCUGAUUACCAAGGCCGCCAUUGCAGAGUGUAUACUUAAUAUUACUAGAUUAUCCGAUAUUUAUCGGGUGCCCGAGACAUGUAUGACAACGCCCACGCUUUGGCUUGCCCUGGCCAGUCUGUGCGUGCUUGAUCGUGACCAUGUGGAGAAACUAUCAUCCAGCCAAUGGUCGAAACAAUCAGAAUCGAGACCGCUGUGCUCCAAUCAUGACGAUGAUGUUACAUACGCUAUGAUAAUUUGCAGUCUCUGUGGAACGCUAUGCUCGGACUGUGAUCGGUUUUUGCAUUUGAACAGGAAAACUAGGAACCAUUACCGUACGGUUUGCAAAGAAGAAGAGGAGGCAAUACGCGUCGAGCUUCACGAAAGCUGUGGACGGGCAAAGUUAUUCUGGUUGUUGGCGCUGGUAGAUUCGAAAACCCUCAAGGGAAUGCUAGAGUUCAGGAAUGGGAACAACACACUCGUUUGCGAUCCUCCAAAUGCUAUCGGUGUUUGCCGAUUCUGUGGUAUAACCGGAACCACUGGACUCCUGGCGGUGGGAAAUGUUUGCGUCGAUCAGCAAUGCCAGGAACACGCCGCAAGUGCCUGUACGAAGAUUCAUCCGUGUGGUCAUUUGUGUGGUGGGAUUAUCAGCGAAGAGAAAUGUUUACCUUGCUUGCAGCAAAAAUGUCUAACCACAGAGAACAAACUGAACAAUGAUAAAGAACCAAAACUGACCCAAGAUGCGGACGACAUGUGCAUGAUUUGCUUCACGGAAGCCCUUUCGUCGGCACCAUCGAUUCAGCUGGAAUGUGGCCACGUGUUUCAUUUCCACUGCUGUAAAGCCGUUCUGACCAGGCGGUGGAACGGACCGAGGAUCAGUUUUGGCUUUUCCCAAUGUCCCAUAUGUAAAAUGGAUAUUCAGCACAAGGCACUGGCCGAUAUUUUGGAACCCAUCGUUGCGCUCAAAACCGAUGUGAAGAGGAAAGCUCUGAUGCGGUUGGAUUAUGAAGGAUUUGCUAAGAAUUUGGAAAGUAAAGACCUGGCUGCGCAUGCCAUGGAACGGUAUGCUUACUACGUAUGCAGUCAAUGUGAAAAGGCAUAUUACGGUGGGGAAGCUCGUUGCGAUGCUGAGCUGGGAGAAAAUUUCGAUCCACAAGAAUUGGUUUGUGGUGGUUGCAGUGAUGUUGUCAAGGCAAAGAUGUGCCCAAAACAUGGCACCGAUUUCCUUGAGUAUAAGUGUCGUUACUGUUGUUCUGUGGCAGUAUUUUUCUGCUUCGGGACGACCCACUUUUGCGAUACAUGUCAUGAUGAUUUCCAAAGGCUAACCAACAUUCCCAAGAACAAGUUACCCAAGUGUCCUGCUGGUCCAAAAGCAAAACAACUGAUCGGAGAAGAGUGUCCCUUGCAUGUUAUACAUCCAGCUACCGGAGAGGAAUUCGCUUUGGGCUGUGGUAUCUGCCGAAAUGCUCACACCUUCUGAGAAUAUCUUUAAUGUUGAAAGGAAGCAGGUAACUAUUUAUACAUAUAAGAUGUGUAGUCUUUGUUUUUAUGUAGUUUAUAGCUAAGGAGGAAAACAUUUCUUUUAAACUAGCAAAAAUACAACUGCUAGCAACUGAUCUCAAACAUUUUCCCAUUAUUUAUUCAGCGUAUU